ACAUCGCGUGCAUGAGACAGGUACGCUCGGGCAACAAUAAUAAUAAUGAGCAGCAGCAGCGGCAGUAGCAAAAAGUUCGGGGGAGGCAGGCCACCGACGGGCACGCCGUCCCUCGCCUGGUCCUGCGUCGUCGUCGUCGCCUCCCUCCUCGCCGGUGCCUCUCUCGUCCACAACAUCUACAAGCCUGACCUCACUUUGCCGCCGGUGGAUCCUCCCGCAGCCGGCGAGAAUAAGCGAGACGACCCCAAGUAGCGAGCUGGAUCGAUCAGUGGAUUAGAUCUUCGUAGUGAAUCGUUUUGCUUGUUUCGAUUUAAGCCAACAAAUUAGUCCUUUCGUUUUAAGACUUGCGCAUAGCUGUAGCGUACUCUCCUUUAUAUUGUAAGAAACGAGGGCUGCUCUUUUGCUUCUCGGAUCCGUACGGGAAUAGUAAUGUUGGGCCUGAGGUUCCCGGGGCGGCGGAGAUCGUCAUGGGAGCUCCAGCGAUCUGCUCUCGUCUCUUGCUCCCUCGUCCUCCUCUCUCAGUUCGCCCUAGCCAUGGUUCCCCGGCUCUUUCCUUUCCUCUCGCUCCUCGCCAUGCUCCCGAUCGCAGCUAUGGUUAUGGUGGCGACGAUUCUCUUGGGCAGAUGCUGGAGGCGUUUUCUUGGUAUUUCUGCAUCAGCUCCAGCUUUCGUCCUCUUCAAUAUACUAUUCCUGUGGGGAGUUUAUGUCAGCACGAUUCGGCAAGCCAUCCCUUCGUUAUUGGAUGCCAUUCUCAAUGCUGAGUGUGCUUUACUUCUGUAUGGUCUUUAUAGAAUACUUUCUGGUGAUCCUGGAAUGGUUUCUUAUAGCUCUUCUCCUGUGGAGUCUGGCCAGAAUGACUUUGCUGCUCUAAAUGUUCUAUAUGAGCAGAACUCUCCAUCAUUUUCCAGAGUUAGAUAUUGCAAAAGUUGUAAAUCAAGUAUUAAGGGAUUUGACCACCAUUGUCCUGCUUUUGGGAAUUGCAUAGGUCGGAAGAACCAUCGUCUGUUUAUUAUUCUUUUAGCUGGAUUUCUUAUUGCUGAAUCCUCCUACACAAUGUGUUCAACUAAGUUUCUUACAAAGUCUGCUGAUUCACAGAGGAUGGAGAGCAUUCAUGCUAGCAGCUUGGUCAUCAGUACGACGCUUUUCUGCAUCCUCCAAGUGCUAUGGCAGGUGGUAUUCUUGAUAUGGCAUAUUUACUGCAUCUGCUUCAACAUUAAAACAGAGGAAUGGAUCAACUGGAAGAGGUAUCCUGAAUUUCAACUUGUCAUGGAACCUCAACCAGGGAGCCCUAUUGUACAAACCAGGUUCACCAAUCCGUAUGAUAAAGGUCUUCUUGGUAACAUCCUAGACUUUAUAAAAUCAAAGGAUUAAAAAUCCAUUACCUCUCUUGAAGCUACAUACUACAUGACUAUCCUGUGUCGGAAGGUGCUGCAUCUUAUUUCUAUGCCCACGAUGUUGCUGACCAUAUCACCGAUAUCUUAAGUUUGAAAUAUCAGUGAGUUUCAUUUCACUGAGCGUAUGCUUGUGGAUCUCCUAGCAUCAAAUAGUCUUCCUGCAGAGAGGAGAAUCAGGCAUUAGGUGUAAUAGUGGAAAAGAUUUUGUUUCUGUUGAGCAGCAGAGUGAAGUAAAGAAGAUUACCAAAGUUUGAUUGGCAGCUGAAUCUCUAGAGUACAAAUUGGUAUGGAGUAUUGAUCUAGAUGUAAAGAUUAUUACACAUUCAUCAUUUGAGUAUUCAGCUUUCUGCUCGGUAUUUUUUGCGAUA